AUGAUCAUGCAACAAUGGAACCAACUGGGAUAUUUGCAUGAUGAACUGUGGGAAAACUUGGAAAAUCCGCUAACGUCAGGAUUUAACCAAGAUGAAUAUUACCAAAUUGAAGAUUUGGUACAACAAGGUCUGAUAGAGCUCUCCAUAAAAUUGGAUCAACUACAAAACAAACAAGCAGCAGUAGCAGAAACAAAUAUGCGUUCCUCACUGCCAUUGCCAAAGGUAACAAUCCCAAGUUUUAAUGGGAAUUACUUAAAAUGGAGGCAUUUUUUUGACUUGUUUACACAAAUGGUAGACAAUCAGCCACUACUAGCUGCUCAAAAAACGUGGUAUUUCAAAUCACAUGUGACAGGUGAAGCUGAAAAAUUUAUCAGUCAUUUCAGCAUAACGGAGGAGAAUUAUCCUGCAGCCUGGACAUUAUUACAAGAUUUCUAUAACAAUAAAAGGGUCUUGAUGUCCACCUUAAUCGAUGAACUUCUAAAUCAGCCAUCAGGCAUAUCAACUGUGGCAGCAGUUAAAAAUUUACAUGACACAACGAAAGAGUGUCUAUUAGCACUGAACAAUCUUGGCGUUCAAACGACUUUUUGGGACCCAAUUUUGUUACAGGUACUAAUUAAAAAACUCGAUCGGAUGAUGCUCAUUAGAUAUGAGCAAUCUCUGGCAAAACCAAAAGAGAUACAAAACAUUCAGGAGUUUUUAGCCUUUUUAGAGCGACAAUUUCAACUGAUGGAAGUUGUAGAACAAAAAAAAAAGGUGGCCAUAAAAACUGAAGCAGAUCGAAAUAAAUCAGUUUCGUCGGCUGUAACAGUUUCUAAAGGAAACAACAAUUGCAAACUGUGCAAUGUAGACAGGGACCCACUGUACCAUUGCCGUACAUUCCUGCAAUUUUCACCAUCUCAACGAUUGGAUUGGGUGAAAAACCAACAGCUCUGUUUCAACUGUUUCAAAAAUGAUCACGUGGUGAACAAAUGUUUGUCAAGAAGUUGUACCAAAUGUAAUAAAAAGCAUAACACGUUGCUACAUUUGGAAGGUAACAAUCAAACAAAUCAAAACAUUCAACCUACUUCAAGUGGGUACAAUACUGCAGUUACUGCAGCGACAGCAAACACUUCCACAGGUCAGCGUGAAUAUGUUUUUUUGCCAACUGCAAGAGUCAAAAUAACUACAGCUAAUGGAAAUAUAAUUGAAGUCCGAGCAUUACUAGACUCUGAAGGUAUAGGAAAGGUGCACAAAAAUUCAACGCAGCGAGUUAACAUCAAAUUGCAAUCCCUUAACUCGAGGUUCACUACAGAAGUCGAAGCGUUUGUGCUUCCAAACAUAGUUCCACCUCAACCAAGUUCCAGCUACGAUAUUUCCAAAUGGAAGGUCCCGAACAGCAUUCAGUUAGCUGAUCCAACAUUUUUCCAACAAGGGAAAAUUGAUAUUUUACUCGGUGCGGAGUUCUAUUUCAGUAAAAUCACGCUUGCUCCUGGGCUUCCAGUCUUGCAAAAUUCUACACUUGGCUGGAUUGUCAGUGGCAAGGUUGCAUCAAAUACAGACACAUCAAACGUUUUAUGUGCAGUUUUUGGCGGUGGAAUGGAGGCUGUUGAUAAUAAUUCAUCGUUAGAAGAUGCAAUUGAACGAUUAUGGCGAAUGGAUGAGGUGAAUAUAACAGAAAGGACAUUAUCCAAAGAAGAAAAAUUAUGCGAAUCUCAUUUUGUGCAGAACGUCCAUACAAAUAAAAAAGGACGUUUUGUGGUAAGGUUGCCGUUUCUGAAAAACUCAUUGACGUUAGGGGAAUUUCAAGAAACAGCUUGGAGAAGGUUCAUCAGUCUUGAACGACAACUAGCAAAAAAUGAUGUUUUGCGGAAACAAUAUGUCCAGUUUAUGGAAGAGUAUGAGCGAUUGGGUCACAUGACUGAAGUAAACUUGGAUUCCAUGUUGACUCCAAGAUAUUUCAUUCCUCAUCAUUGCGUACUAAAACCAGAUAGUACAACUACUCAACUUCGAGUGGUGUUUGACGCAUCAGCCAAAACUACAUCUGGACACUCGUUGAAUGAUUUAAUGUAUAACGGACCGACAGUUCAAAGUGAACUCUUUUCAAUUCUGCUCCGUUUUAGGCGACCACGGUUUGUUUUCACCACAGAUAUCGAGAAAAUGUAUCGUCAAGUUUUCAUAAAUCCUGAAGAUCGACGCUAUCAACUUAUCAUUUGGAGAAGCAGUCCAAAUUCAACGAUUCGUUAUUAUCAGCUAAACACAAUUACAUAUGGGACUCGAGCAGCUCCUUACCUAGCAACAAGAUGUCUGCAAAAGAUAGCAUCAGAAAACAAGGUGAAUUAUCCAUUAGGAGCUCAAAUCCUGUGUGACAAUUUCUACGUUGACGAUGGGCUCGGUGGAUCAGAUAGUUUAAUUACGGCUAUUGAAGCUCAAAGACAACUAAUCCAUAUUUUGAAGAGGUAUCAUUUUUAUCUUCGGAAAUGGAGCGCAAACCAUCCUCAACUUUUGAAAAACAUUUCUCAAGAUGAUCAAGAGGUAAAUCUAGAUUUCGAUAAUAACGAGUCAAUCAAAACGCUGGGAUUAUUUUGGUUGCAUAAGGCGGAUUUAUUUCGAAUUAGGGUCAAAAUGGUUACUGAAGGAAUAAUCACGAAGAGAGUCGUUAGUUCUGAUUUAGCUAGACUGUUCGAUUCACUUGGUUUAGUAGCUCCAGUAAUAGUCAAAGCAAAGAUUUUCAUACAACACUUAUGGCAGUUGAAAUUAUCUUGGGAUGGACCACUUCCUACAGAUCUUCGUACAACAUGGUCAACAUUUAGCGAAAACUUAAGUACUCUAGAAAACCUUCAAGUGGCAAGACAUAUUUUCAGAGGCGAGGUUCCAUCAUCAACACAACUACUCAUUUUUACUGAUGCAUCUGAAAAGGCAUUUGGUUCUGCAGCAUAUCUCAGAGCAAUUUUAAAGGAUGGUAGAAUAAUAGUGCGACUAUUAUGUGCAAAGUCAAGAGUAGCACCACUCAAAAAACAAACGCUACCGCGACUAGAGUUAUGUGCGGCAGUCCUAGCAGCGGAACUUUCAGCAAGAGUCAAAAGCGAUCUUCAGGAGAAGGACCAGCCAGUAUUUUUGUGGACUGAUUCAGAAAUUGUGUUGUCUUCGAUCAACUCACAGUCCUCAUCAUUUCAAACAUUUGUAGCUAACAAGGUGGCAAGAAUUCAAACUUUAACUCUGUCUGAACAGUGGCGAUAUGUUAGGUCAAAGGACAACCCAGCUCAUUGGCGACCGUUCUUUUUGCAUGGAAGGCAGGAAGUAUGGCCACCAAGGUUUUUAUCAUCAUUACAAGUUCCACUUGAUCUGGAGAAGAAAAAGGUUGUAGCUGUAGCAACUCAAUGCAAUGACGCAGAUUUCAUAUACAGGAUUUAG